UUGAAUUUGUUUUGGUAUUCUAAUGUAAGAUAAUAAACAAUAUUUUGAAAGAGUAACAAAUGAACGAAGGAAAUACUCAAGUUUUAUAAUAUAGUAGAUACUUUAUUUUGUAAAAUUAUGUUGCUAAAAGUUGCUGAAAUAUUAUAUGUGUAUUAUAUUGUAACAAGUAUUAUUUAGAUAUUUCAUGUUGGUGGACAAAUAGAAAUGUUACACGAAGCUCUAGAAAGUAUUUCUAUCAAAGAUGAAAAACAUGGAUCAUUGCGAAAUGUCAUUAAAUCUUUAAUCAAUCGUCAUUAUCGGAUUAUUUUUAAUUCGGAAUAUAUCGAAAGUUUAUUCUCGUAUAUUGCUUUGGUCCAGCUAUUGUGUAAUACAGUAGUGAUGUGCGGUAUAGGAUUCUUAAUAAUAGUCGCGAUUAAUUCACACGGGGAUGUAGGAAUAGUUGUGAAAAUUGUAUUAUUUUAUAUUGCUAUAAUGUUGGAAGCAUUUGUUUUUUCCUACGCUGGGGAAUAUCUCAGUAGUAAAAGCCUGUCAAUUAGCACUUCAGCUUACGGUUCUUCUUGGUAUUUACUAGAACCUAGAAACAGACGUGUCGUGAUUCUUCUUAUGAUAAGAUCACAAAGACGUUUGACAAUUACUGCUGGGAAAUUUAUGGAUUUGUCUAUGUUCGGUUUUGCGAGUAUUUUAAAAGCUUCUGCAUCAUACGUAUCGGUAUUGUAUGCGAGGUACUGAUUACAAAGGGACACAUAGUAAGCAAUAAAAUAAGUAUAUCGUGUAUGAUAUAUAUCAUAUAUAUCAUAAUUAUAU